AUGUUACUCUAUAACCAAUAUCCAUUGACAUUUAUUGAAAAUGAAUUCCAGAAAUACUUUUCCGAAUAUAUAUCAAUAUCACCAUUUUUACAUUUUAUUGAUGGCGAAACCAAAUACAUCUAUAGACGAGAAAGAGUAUUAGGUCAGUCAACAUUUCGCCAAUCACAAGUAGCAAUAAGUGUGGCCCAAGCUAACGUUGACAAUGAAGAAGUAGAUGAUCCAUUGAAUCAACCAAAUGGAUCUACAAAACAAACAGAAGAAAAAACUUUAAAUUUUCAUGAAAAAUUAUUUAUACAUUUUACACAUGAAAAACGUUUCCAACCAUACCGGCAAGAUAUGCACCAAAUAUAA